CUGGUGCGGCUGGUUGCGGCGGCUGUGUUGGAAGUGGGGCUGUCGCCGCUGCCGGGUGAGAGCGCUCGGUGCCCGCCGGGGCCAUGUCGGGCCGGCCGCCGCGGCAGGAGGAUGGGGAGAGCGCGGCGCUGCGCCACAAGGAGGAGCUGAGCCGGCGGAUUAAAGAGCAGAAGGUUGUAGUCGAUGAGCUUUCUAAUUUGAAGAAGAACCGGAAAGUUUAUAAGCAGCAGCCCAAUAGCAACAUAUUCUUCCUUGCAGACCGGACAGAAAUGCUGUCUCAGUGCAAAAAUACAUUAGAUGAAUUAAAGAAGGCACAUCUGGAGCUGGAAAAUUCAGAAAAAGCUAAAAUCAAGAAGUAGUGGAUGUGAA